CAACAACAACCACUUGGGAGUUCACAAGCAAACUUUUUUGAUAAACUUCAAUAAUUGCAGGCCUUCAUCUCCCCACAAUUUUCUCAACUGCGAAACUAAAAAGCAAACUUCCACCUUUUUAAACCACUCUCAAAUUAAGAAACUAAUCUCAACCAUGAUGUUCACCAACGACUUCCCCUUUGAAAUCAACGAUGAGUUGAUGGUGGUUCAAGAUGAAGAACUUUCUGCUACAUCCAACGAAGAAGCCAACAUGGUCUUUGCCCAAUGGAAGGCGGACGAUGACAUGGAUGAAAUCAUGCAAUUGGAUGAACAAAUUGGAUCUAACUUGUUGGAUGAUUCCAUUUUUGGAGGAGGAGACCCCUGCUUGUCUCCCACUGGACCUGUGGAAGAAUUGGUCUUUAUGGAUCAAGAAAACCAAGAAAAGUUCCUUCUUCCCUCGUUGGAUGGACCCACACAGGGAAUUAACCCCAAGCUUUCGUCGGACGAUCCUCUCCAAGAACGCUACCAAGCCCAUAUCCGCAAGUUGGCUGAAUCCAUGAAGCGCAGUCAAGAAACCAGGAGGAGUUUGACUCUCAAAACUCCCAAUACCAACCAGUAUUCUCGCUCUUCCAAUGUCCAUGGUGUCCUCAACUCCAUCGAACAGUCCUCCAGGCAACUCCAACAACAGGUCUUGUAUCAGUUGUAAACUAACUGGGCGGGUUCUGUUUUUGUACAAACAAAC